AAUGUUACAGCCUUCUUCUUCAUCUUCACCAAGUAAGGCGAAGAGUGGCCGUAGUGCAACACAGACAGAUGAUAAACGAUAUGGGUCCCCGGAUCCUGGAGGGAUACCCAUGCAACCUAUGCGGGGUCCACAACAACGACCAAGGCCGCAAAAUGACUUGCUGGACAUCUCGUCGUCAGCAGCAGCAUCAGCAGCAGCAGCUUCUGGAUCGUCUCCUAGCAAGGAUAGAAGGAGCUCUAAUUCCCUCAUGGUCGAUCUUGAGGAUUCUGUUACAGGAGCAGUGCGGAAAGGUCAUGAGGCGGCGAUUACUGUCGAUCCUAUUCGAGUAAUAGUAUUCUCCAUUAUAAUAGUGUCCUUAAUCUUCUUCACGACCUUGGGGCCAUCAUUGCCAUCCCCACCACAGCACGAGAGCAACGGAGUCGACUUGGGCUCAGCAAGAGGAUCGUCUGCUAGCAAAGUGUCUUCAGCGUUCUUAAACUCCUGUGCCUCUUCGGACAGAAGAAGUUUUGAAGCGAUAUUAGAUCGGUAUGGGAGAGACCUCACCACAGGCGAUAAGCUCCUCUGUAUGCAUUAUGCUUUACAAGACGGUGGUGAGGGGUACUUAGACAUAGUGUCGACUCUGCUAUCCAUGGGAGUUGAUCCUGUUGUGGUUGAUCCUACUGGGGUAUCCUUACUCGAAGUGUCCUGUACCGAGGGUCGGGUCGAAGCUUUUAGGAUGAUGCUGAGACGUGAUACAAGAUUGUGCAGUAGCCAGGGGGCAGAUAGUCUGUAUUACUUUGCAGGGAGGGCACCGUCACAAGGGGUGACGAAGCAGCUCAUUGAGACUAUACGGGAACAAUGCGAUGGGCAACCUAGCAAGGGGAAGCUCGGCCCACAGGCAGGCGGGGCAGAUAAAGAUCUGCAGAUGCCUGGGGAGGUAGACGUUAGAAGAGAGGGUCGAAGCUAUGAGUCAGAGUGGUCGGAGAUAGCGAGCAAAGAGAAGUAUUCCAAGGAGGUCGCUUCACUUCAGAUUGAGGUUGAAAAAUGGCGUGAUAGAGCGUUCGAUGCAGCGCGUCAGAAACAGCAGUUACUGGAUAGAGUAGCCCGUCUGGAGGCCCAGUUGGAGGCUAAGGAGGUUAACGAGGCUAAGUCAACCGCCACACCACGUGUAGAGCCUCCCGAGAGGAAGGAUGACGAAUACGAGCGCCUGUGGAGGGACUCCAAGUUCGUUGAUGCAGAUAAGCCUCUGACUGGUGGUCCUGCGAAUGAGCUCAUAAGUUCACCGUUGCCUCCACCUGAGGGACACAUGGGGGAAUCUGGCGUCUUCUGUAGCCAUCCAUCUAUCAUGUAUCCUUCCAUCAAUGCCUUCAAAUUGAUGCUCAUCGGCCUCCUGGAGUCCAUCACCACGGUACGGACUAUCGCUUUAUAA